GAAGCAACUUAAGUCAAAUUGAAAAAGCGAUCGAAGUGAACGGUCCUGCGAACAAACGCGGUUUUCAGUGCGCUUUCCGAAGUUUUAUUCAAGUGAUUAAUUUUAUUCAAAUUACAAGAUGUCGCUUCUUCCACAUGUAUUCGGUUACGACUGGCCCCGCCGUCCAAGCAGAUUGUUGGACCAGGAUUUCGGCCUUGCUCUAACACCAGACGAUAUGUUAACGGUUGUGGCUGCUCCGCUGGUAUCUCGAGACUACUACCGCCCUUGGAGACAGCUUGCCGCUGCAGCACGAGACGUUGGCUCUAGCAUCAAGGCCGAUAAAGAAAAGUUCCAAGUCAGCCUAGACGUCCAGCAUUUCUCCCCUGACGAAAUAACCGUCAAGACGGCCGAUGGUUUCAUCGUGGUGGAAGGUAAACAUGAGGAAAAGAAGGAUGAACAUGGAUACAUUUCCAGGCAAUUCCUUCGCCGAUAUGCCUUACCUGAUGGAUGCCGACCUGAGUCUGUGGAAUCUCGUCUCUCAUCUGAUGGCGUAUUAACCGUCACCGCACCCAGGGUUCAGGAUAUUACAAAGAAUGAGAGACAUGUCCCAAUACAACAAACCGGUCCAGUGAAAAAGGAAAUCAAGGAUAAUUCAAAGGAGGAAGCAAAGGAAGUGAAUGGGAAAAAAGAAUAGAGAAUGUCACUUUAUUUCAGUAAUGUAAUUCUCCCAUAAAUUUGUAAUUUGGUUUACAACAGUGAUUUUUGAGACUGAUUUAUUUAAAAUAAAUAUUUUGUUUUCUAAA